GUUUAACGAAACCAGCGCUGCGUAUUGUCCAUACCAUACCAGCCACAACACCAAACGUCAACUGGCUCUGGCUUCAACCUCACUCUGCUCUCCCACCGCAACUUCAAUUCAUAAUCUGCCUGUCUUAUUCUGAUCAUCGACACUCAGGAACUCGCAACAUCGCCACAGCUUUUACUCCACCCUCCAUGGUGGUUGAGAGCUCUAGCGGGAGUUGCCCCCCAGUGCCGCCGCCGCCGCAAGCCAAACCAUCGCCUGUUUCGCUUAGUCCCUUCCCCGUUGCGGACAACCACCUUCGGAGCCACUCCCCCAACCCAGCCGCUGUGCUCUCUUCUGCUCCCAUCUCCGCCUUCCAUCCCCCCUCCCUGCGCACUCCAUCAGAACCCCUUCUCUGCUCCCAAUAAGUCCGAAUCCGCCGUACUCUCUAAUCCAUCGGGAAUGCGUCGUCGCGCAUUCCCUCUUUUCUGCUGUUAGACCUGUGUGGUCAACACUGCCUUCCCCGCCUUUGCUAUCAACAUCGCGAAACCGACCGCAAUCCAUCUGAUUCGACGAUUCAAUCUCCCCCCGGCGAGCCUACCAUCGCCAAAAAGGCUGCCAUGGCAAAUACCUCGUCCUUUCGGAAUCCCUCUAGGGUGCGGCCAUCACGCUAUCGCACUCCCUCGCCACCGCGACAUGCCAUCGAGUCGAUCUCACCUCGCGCUCCCGCCGAUUCCUCUUCUUCCUCCAUCCGCAACACCCACCCUAGCGAUGGCGUCCAACAACCCCGAAAUGAUCCUCCUUUUGUUGAGAAAGGGUCAUCAGUGAAGCCUGGGUGGAAUAAUAAUACCUUUCAAGAUGGGCGGGAAAGUCUUGAUCAUCGUUAUAGUCACCAUCCUCCCGGCGGUUCAUCCAGCAACCACGCAAAUACAAACCCCACCGGUAGAAUCGGCCACCAAAGGUCUGGUUCAAACAUCGAUACUCUUGCCACCAUCGCACUCGCGACAAGCCCAACCUUCGCGCCUCUUACAUAUGAUGAACCCGCUACUGCUAUAUCCCCCACAACCCACCAAGCACCUGCUCCCGAUCAGUCCGAACGACCAUCCAAGCGCGCUCGAUCGGAAAAGGCUCCAUCACCUACCUGGCUAAUGGGAGCUUCCAGGCCUGCCACUAGCCAUGUUUCUACCUUUGAUAGCAUGAAGACUGAUGCAGAACUGUUGCUUAACUUUGCGAGACCAAGUAAUUUCCCUCCACUCUAUGAUGCCUCGAGACCCCAGCAGCUGGCUGCACACGAGUCGACGAACGGCCAAAAUCCCGGUGUUAAAUGGGCCACGGACCCUGCUGAGCUGUGGACGAAACGAUGGGAUAUUACCGCGGAAAACAAGCCAUCCUCUGCUUUCUUUAGGAGCAACAAUAAUGGUACUCCAUCUCGCAUUCGAUCGAAGUCCGACGGUUCUGCGUUCACCGCAAGACCAUUCAUGAACGGCUUCGCGUCCGGCCACUUCCUAGCCCCAUCAAUUGGUCCGGCGCUCGAGGAUGACUCAGUUGAUCCACAUUACAUUGCAGAGGAGAACCAUGAUACUACUUUGCAAGCAAAUGGCCCAGAUACCCAACAAGCACCGCGUCCACUCCAACGUCCGAAAAGCAUACCUGCCUCCGAUUUUAAGGAGGAAGAUUCCGAUAACGACAGUUCCGGUCAAGCAACCUGCGCGGCCUGUCACCUGGAUCGAGUCGCGUCUGAUAGUGAGGGCGAUGAAGCUGUGACUUGGAUAAAUUGCGAUGGAUGUAUGAGGUGGUUCCAUAUCGUGUGUGCCGGAUUCAAAAGCGAUCGCGACACUAGAACAGUCGACAAGUUUAUCUGCCGUGGAUGCCGCCCUACGCAUGGACCAACUACUUUUGUACGCAAGUCCUCCCGCGCACGAACGGCCAUCGACUAUGCUAGUCUAAAUCAGGGGUAUGUAAUGCCGUCCGCUGAAACGCCUGAGCAUCAUUAUAUCCAGCCAAUCAAGGAAGGGAAGAUCACAUUUUUGCCCGAUCAUUUUGCUCGUAUACGUCCGGAACUCGUCACUGCGGAAUAUUUCGAGCGCGGUAUAGGAAUGACUGAGCCGAUAAUCAUUCCCGCAUCUCUCAACACGCGAUCCUCCGUUCCUGGUUCAGCCGAUUAUUAUCCACCCGAAGCCUCCACGCAAGAAGAAUUCGAUGAACUCGCGGAUAACAUGCCUGACGAUGACGCUGACUACAAUGAAGUUAUCGAUUGUGGCCAGGAUUUGUUGGACAUGGUCAUCCCACAAGGUCUCACUGUUCGACAUGUCGCUGAGCUUUAUGGACCCGAAGAACGCGUCGAAGUGAUUGAUGUCAAAUCACAGCAGGGGGAGGACAAGAGAUGGAACAUGCAACGGUGGGCAGAUUACUACUACGACGAUUCCACGUCAAAGGCCGUUCGCAACGUUAUUAGCCUCGAGGUGUCGAACAGUCCUCUUGGGAGACUCAUUCGACGACCCAAAAUUGUGCGUGACCUUGAUCUCCAAGACCACGUGUGGCCAGCGGAGUCGCAGGCUAUAGGGGAAUUUCCAAAAGUCCAAUUCUACGUCUUAAUGUCCGUUGCGGAUUGCUACACUGACUUCCAUGUCGAUUUCGGGGGCUCCUCUGUCUACUACCAUAUUCUGAAGGGAAAGAAAAGUUUCUUUUUCAUUCCGCCCAAGGAUAAACACCUAAAAAAAUACGAAGAAUGGUGUAAUUCAGCUGCACAGGAUACUACCUUUCUCGGAAACCAAACCAAAGAAUGCUAUCGAGUUGACCUUUCCGCUGGUGACACCAUGCUCAUUCCAUCUGGUUGGAUCCAUGCUGUCUGGACACCGGAAGAUAGCCUUGUCAUUGGCGGAAACUUCCUCACGAAGAUGAACUAUGGAAUGCAAAUCAAGAUUGCGAAAAUCGAGAAGGACACAAAGGUUCCUAAGAAAUUCCGUUAUCCGUACUUCCAGAAAAUCAUGUGGUAUGCUGCCAUCAAAUACUUGGAGGAUGAUCCGAUUCCACAGACAGUUCUGGAGUCAUUCUCCCGUGACGAGAACUACCGCUUCUAUCGCGAGUAUCCAAUUUACUACGAAUCCGGAGAGAAUGACAACCGCGCUGAACCUGGUUCGCAGAAUUACAAUGCACGCUUCUACUCACAAGCCGAGCUGGAUGGGUUGCCCGAACUAGCAAAAUAUCUCCUGAGGACUGCUUUGAUUGCUGGUGGGUACCAUGUUGAUGGCGUCACGACAGAAACCAGGAAUGCCGUGAAGAGAUCUAUCCCUAAGGGACAAGCAGAUCCUGUUGACACCAUAAUAAAGUUUGGAGUGUGGGUAGCAUGGAAGAGAGGGAAUGAGCAUGCCGCGAGCUGGACACGUCCUGGUGCCAUUUCUCUUGAUACCAAGGUUGAUAUGUCGGGCAGGAAGCCGACUGUUAGACCCAGUCGACGUUCACAGCGGAAUAUCGCCGCAGAGAGCCUACAGCUUAAUAACAACCUGGAAUUGAGAGCUGGUCGCCGCCCCUCCUAUCAAUCAUCCGAAAUCAAUACGAGCGGCAUGUCUAGUACAGGCUUUACUUCUACCUCUGCGCCGUCGACAAGCGGAACACCAGCGCCUCCGAAACGAGAGGCCUCUCUUGUUGAUGUGGAUGAAAUUAUCCAAUCAAAUAAACCACGUUCGAUAUCGAAACCGACCGGCCUGGGUCCAAAACGCGUUGCCUGUGAUGCUUGUCGGAAACGGCGGAUCCGUUGUCGGCAUAAGGAUGAGCAAAGCUUAGAAUCUUUUACAUCCUUGACGGCCAAGCAACAGCCACUCAAUGGCAAGGACAUGGCAGCUGCUGGGGCCUUGAACCUUGCUUCUGCUGCACAUGUUGAUCGGAUUAAAGAGCAGCAUUCUGGGAAAUGGGAUGAGAUGCUCCCCAACGCCAUGGAUGAUUCUUCAGCACUCCUAAUGACUCCUCAGGCCAACUCCGCCAAGGCCAAAGGGUUUAGCCCGAAUUCCUCCAAUUCUGGAAAGAAGGGCCGUAGCAAGGCUUGUGAUGAAUGCCGGAAGAGCAAACGUCGUUGUAUUCAUGAUGAGAAUGGCCGGAUAGAUCCCAUCAAAGCGCAGGAACGAUCGAAACCCCGAGCGGCAACCUCCACCAAGCGUCCUCGAUCUAGCGACGACAAUAUAUCGCCCACGUCGAACAAGCGGCAAAAGCCGGAAUUUGAGUAUUCGGGAGAGGAACUUCCUCAGACCAAAUUGGACUUUGAGGCGGUGCAAUUGCAGGGUCGUAUGAAUGGGCCAAAUGAGAAGCUAGGCUCUGGUGAUAAGGUUGGGGCUACAGCGCACAGUGAGCUUACCCAGAGCCAAACUUCAUAUGCAUCACCACCCACAUUGAAAGCGGAUCUCGUACCACCAUCAGAAGUUACCUCCUCCUUGCCGGCCACCACAGCCCCAGCAAGCAGCCUUGUCUCUCCCCCUACCUCUCUCGCAGACGAUAUGGAAGUCGAUCCUAACCAGACCGACGGCGAAACGAAGGCGGCCGUAAAGAACGAGCAGCAACAGCAGCAACAACAAUAUGGGGAACUCUCUGUCGUUGACGACGCUACUGCCACCCUAUCCCGAAACUCUUCCAGUCACCCUCGCCUAGUUCCUGAGGCCACAGUUCUUGCUGAGGAACACAAGACGACGGCGACGGCAGCACGCGCUCCACCCGCGACCGUAACCGUACCUUCAGACUUGUCAGUAACAAUCCCAUCUUCAUCUACCUCUACCUCCAUUAUAAAAAAGCCAUCAUCAUAUUCUCUUUCCUCUUCCUCAUCCCGUCCAUCCUCUUCGCAUCACCGCACAAACGCCCUCCCGCUUCCUUCUUCUUCCUCAACCUCUUCUUUCAAGCAGGCAAGGGAGACCAAGCAGCACAAUCCCGUUGUUGACAAGAAGCGCGUUGAAGGAAGCCAUCCCUCUCCUCAUCCCAACCGCCACAGCAAUAGCCGCACCUCACCGACCUCUCCGCAUCAGCGCAACAAACUGACGAGUCGUGACACGACUCGCGGCAGCUUUUCGGAUGCGGAUGCAGAUCCAGAGACGUUGCGGCUGAUCAGGGAGAUGCAGGAGCAGGAUUUUGGAUUGAGGAAGAGGCCUUCGAGGACGUGACCGAAUCGAUGAAUUACGUACAUCCAUGUUGGUUCUCUCGGUACUCGGCUCGAACUAGCUACAUACAAUAGGUCCCCAACCGACUUUACUUUUCCUUCUUUCCGUACAGCGAGUUUUCUUUUUUUUAACAUGCAUUGCGUUUCCUAUAUUCAUCCGGGAUAAUUUUCUACUUCUUAAAUUCCAUUUAUUCAAUCCCGGCAUGGCCAUAUAUCGGAUAGGUCAUUCGUGUCGGGAUCCCGAUAUUGAAUUCUUCGAUUUACCUGCUCAACGGAGGCGGAACCCAUUCUCUCCGGGUCAUCUUCUGUUCGCCUUCACCCACUCAAUCUGCAUCUGUGGUUAAAACCAGGCCGGCUAGUGCACAUCACCACUCUCCGUUUCCAUACUGUUAUCGCAUGGUGUUACUUUCACAUACUCCUAUUUCCCCAUCCUAAACAUCAUUAUCAACUCCCUGUUCCAAUUUUUUUUUUUUUUCUUAUUUCCCUUUUCCCCACUUAUCCCCUCGUCUAUAUCACCUUUUCCUUUGUUUUUCUGUGUUGCUCACGAACUCCUUUUUGUUCUUGUAGUACUCAGGCUUGGUGAGGGAACACGUAUGGCUGGCGUUUUCUUUUCUUUUCUUUUUUCUUUUCUUUUUUUCUUUUUUUUUCUUGUUACUUCUCAUCCAGCUUUACCUCCUAAUACCUUCCGCAUCUACUUCUCUUUACUUCUCCUGAUCCUGCCUGCUCCAUAAUAUUUCUUACUCCUUCUCUCCGUCGCCCUCAGAAUUCUUUCUAUUCUUUUUUUCUUUUUUUUUUUCCACCAUUUUUCUUCCUAUAGGUAUUUCGCUUGUUUGUUUUCUUUUUUUUUUAUCAUAUCUUAUCCAGGGCUCGGGGGCGCGCGGACAGACAUGGAGUUUUACUGAGUUCAAGCUUCUUUUCUAAGCUGAAGUGGCUGUUUUCUGUUUUUCUUCCCCUUUUUUGUAUGGGUGGAUUAUGAAAGUAAUUAAUUGGCGGAAACUGGGAGUUUUAUUUUUUUUUUUAUUUCCAUGCUCAUUUUUUUUCAAAUAUAUCUCUCUUGAUUUUCUCUGCUUUGCUUUUUAAACCCCCCCCCCCCCCCCCCCUUUUUUUUUUUUCCCUUUUACUCAUUUCUCUAAACUACCAGUCUUCUGAUCUCCUUCUAAGUAUCUAAGUACAGUAACACCUCCUAGCUAAUAGGUUAACAUGUCUUGAUUUUCUUUUAGUCCCCUUCGCUCCUUUUUCACUUUUCGAAACCUCUUACUACUCUUGCUUGCCCAAUUCUAAGAACCUCCGCACUCCGUUCCCCUUCCCUUUCUUACCCCAAAGGACGAUGAUACCUAGGGGGUGGUAACGGGUGGUGAGUAUGAUAAAUGACCCUUCUUUUCCAUUCAUUCUCUUUUGUCUUCUACUUCUGUAUGUUUCAUUCAUCUUAUCUAGGUUUCUAGUCAACUGUACCUAUAUGUACAGCGAGUGUUCAUUUUCAUUUCCACUUUUGCUCUUCUUUUGUCAACAUUUUCAUGUAUAUACACACAUUACAUACAAAUCAUAUUACUAGCAUACAGAGAACCAGACGGACAAACGGACAAACGGACAAACGGACAAACGGACAAACGGACAAACAAGACAAAGGCACCUAUGACAACUCCAUUUUCCAUUACGCUCUUUAACGACGAUUCUUUUUGCAAGUCUCGUUUCAUGCCUAACAUCUGUUGUUAUCAAGCAAGGACUAGGAAGUUACAAGAAUCAGCAAGGUGUGGAUAGUUACGUAGAUUGCCAACAGGUUGAACGAAAGCGAAAAACAGCCAGCCGACCAUCUCUAUACCAUCCGGUUCCCCCAUCCCAAUCCAUCCCACCUCUAACCCACAAUAUCUUCUAUAUGCGUGUAUGUACGUAUAUAUGUAAUGAAUGUAUGUGUUGGUGUACAGUACAAUCCUGAGAAAGGGUUGCCAGUACUAGCACGGUCGUCUCAAAGGGUAUAAUAAGAACUAAAAAAAACGGCGGGAAGGAAGAAAACAAGAAAUGGAUCUUCCCAAAAACUCCCCUCGACCCCAAUUCCUCUAGGUAAAUUGCAAGCAAAAAAAAAGAAAAAGAAAAAGAAAAGAAAAACAUAAAAG